GGAGGAGGUCACGAGCUUUGCUUGGUCACUGAUAUGGGGACCGGAUUGCUACGUAUGUGUCCGUCGGCUGCACCGGAUCCGGGAAGCUGAUGUGGUAAUACUGCACGUGCUGGAUCGUGCCAAAGCGGUUGUGCUGCUGCUUCCCCCGAGACAGCGAGUGUCCGCAGUUUUCGCAGCAGAUCCACAGAUUCUGUUUCUCGGAACGGAAGCUGGUCGCAUCUACUACAUAUCCAGAGCGCAGCUUCGACAUCUCACACAGGGGAGCGGGACAGGUUCUUCCUCUGCGCCACCAGUUCAGGCGUUUCCAACAUCAGGCGUAGGGGGGCAACAGCCAAGAAGAACCAGCGCGGGAGACCGUCCGCAGGUUUUUGACGUUUCCGCAAGUGCGCUCGCUUACAACCUCAUGAUCAACAACACGACGCAUCUCAUUCCGGACACUCUCUUGGCGGACGAGCUGGAACGGC